UUGUUGCCGUGUUUGUGUCCCAGCGCCUUGUCUGCCGCCCACCGCCUGCUUCGCCCCCCCCCAUUUCUUCCCCUCGCUCGUCUUUCUCGCAAUCUUCUUCGUUCGUCUCCAUCUCCAUUCUGCUCAAGCACAGUCGCUCGCCAUGACAAUCUACUAUUACGACACCGGCUACUAUUACUACGUCUCCAUUCCGGUGGUGGUCAUCGUCGUCAUCACGAUCAUUAUCUGCAGACGCCGUUCUAUGCAAAAUGCAGCAGCCGCCGCUGCUUCGGCCUCUGCGGCAGCGUCGCAGAACCAGUCUACGAAUGUGACUGUGGUCGUCCCUCCAACCCCUCAGGCGCAACUCUAUCAGCCUCCUCCUGGCAGUUACUAUCCGCCGACCUUGCCUGAUGGCAAGACCGCCCCCGUCUACGGCGCUCCUCCUGGCACUCCCGUUGCCCAGCCCGUUGCCUACCAGCCUGCCAACAGUGUCCCCUACCAGCCUGCCAACAGCGUCCCCUAUCAGCCCGUCAGCAGUGUCCCUUACCAGCCUACUGCUUACCAACCUGCUUCUCAGCCGGCUCCUUACCAGCAGUCCUACACUGCCUCGACCGGCUCAUAUCAAGAUGCCCCCUAUGGCGCCCCCAACCAGCCCCAGUACCAGGCUCCCUCCGGCCACCCGGCCUUCGCCUCGGCCUUUGCUUCUGCCGGCAACGUUUCUGCUACCGCCGAUGUUCCUCCUGCGUACAACCCGACCUUCCCGCUCACCACGGGCAACAACGCCCCUUACGACCAGAAGAAGGGCGGCCAGUAAUAUGGCCGCCAUGGCGACGACUGCCUCAUGUCGGGCCGCCUCAAGUUUGCUGCGAGGCUGCGUCCGUUAUCCCGCUGCAUCCCCGUUCUCCUGCUCUCCUAUUUUCCUGCGCUCCUGUUCUCCUGUGCCUGAUGCUCACAGUCUUGCCGAGCUCGUCCACCAGCAGCCUUCCUAUGUGCCUUUCCUUUAUUCUCUCUCAUUGAUUUAGCUUCUUUCGAGUUUGGUCGCUUGAUUUGUAUGAAUGGCUGCUUACAGUUUCCCAGAUUCCAGUACAAAGGACGCCUGUAUUUCCUAACCAUGCAGAGCUUUCAAGAUCUUAAAUAUACAAUUCACAGCACCGA